UGCCGCUGUCUAUAUAAGUAUUCACGGAAUGGUUAUCAAAACCGCUUACCGCGAGCUGCUGGCUACGACAUUAUUCGUACUUGGACAUUUCGCAGUGUAGUGUAAAGAAACGGUCUUUUUUUUGCAUUUCGAUAAACAACACAUUUCGACAAUAUCGACAUACAUGCUCCGUCCAUCCUUUCGUCGUUCUUUUGUCCGUGGGCUACAAACGGCUUCUACGUGUAAAUCUGCAGCAACUCCGUUGGUCACUCCUACGGCUUCGAGAACUGGAUUCAACUUUGAGGGGUUGUUUGUGAAUGAGAUAGAACAGCGGAAACGCAACAACACAUACCGUGUGCUGAGUAAUGUUAAUCACAUUCUCGAGGGUGUCCCGGUUGCAUACUCUAGGGACUACAACAAGGAGAUCCAAAUCUGGUGCAGUAAUGACUACCUGUCCAUGAACAGAUGCAAGGCCAUUGUGGAUGCCAUGCACAAGUGUCUUGAUGAGUAUGGUGCUAGCUCUACUGGAGCCCGAAACAUUGGUGGACACAACCAAGUGUUUGUGGACCUCGAGAAUCUCAUGGCUGAGUUGCAUGGAAAAGAGUCUGCACUUGUUUUCAACAGCGGUUACGUUGCCAACGAUACCACGCUUACUACUUUGGGCCGUCGAAUCCCCAACUGUGUUUUCAUCAGUGACGAGCUGAAUCAUGCUUCUAUGAUUCAUGGUAUUCGCAACAGCCGUUGUGACAAGCUUGUGUAUAAGCAUAACAACAUGGAGGAUCUGGAGGCCAAGUUGGCUAGCUUACCUCUUAACCAACCAAAAGUGAUUGCUUUUGAGUCGGUUUACAGUAUGAAUGGCAGUAUCGCCCCUAUUGAGCGUAUCUGCACGCUUGCCGAAAAGUAUGGCGCUAUGACUUACUUGGACGAGGUGCAUGCUGUCGGCAUGUACGGUCCAGGAGGAGCGGGUAUUGCAGCAGAGUUAGGUCUGGCGGAUCGCGUAGAUAUCAUUGUUGGUUCUCUUGCAAAGUCGUAUGCGGCAUUGGGGGGCUACAUUGCCGGAAGCAAACAUGUUAUUGACUUUGUUCGCUCGUUUGCUCCUGGUUUUAUCUAUACCUCGAGUCUGUCGCCUCAUGUUCUUGCUGGCGCAAUUGCUUCGGUCAAUUACUUGAGAAAGGAUGACGGUGUUCGCAAGCAACACCGAUCUGCAGUUCGACGCGUGAAGGACGCCUUGUCAAAGCGCCAAAUUGCCGUUUUGUCAAACGACUCACACAUUGUCCCUAUCAUGAUUGGUAAUCCUCGUAUCGCCCAGCAAGUCAGUCGUGACUUGAUUACUGAAUACAACAUCUACCUGCAUAACAUCAAUUCGCCCACUGUCCCUGUCGGAACGGAGCGUCUUCGUGUGUCACCGACACCCUUGCACAACGAUCAGAAGCUGGUGGACAAUUUUGUUCAGGUUCUUGAUACUCUGUGGACCAAGUACAACAUUCCAAGAGUCAAUGAGUGGAAGUCCAAGGGCUUUGAUGUUGAUCGUCCUUGCACGUUCGACUUGUGUUAGAUGGGAUAUAAUGAGGUUGGAAGACCGGUUUACGAUACUCUUUACUUGCAUAUUGUCACUUUUGAAAAAUGACUCCUAACCGAGUCUUGCUUCUUCUUGCACAAUUUUGAUAAUGUUUAUGAUAUUACCGAUUUGUCGAACUUAAAAAGCACUUCUUUUAGCAUAGUCAUGACAAAAUAAUUCUGUAGCUAACCAUUAUAACUGCUCGUUUUAUAUUGUUGAACUGACAGUUAUUAUAUUACUUAUUUG